AUGAGGCGGUGCGGCGUGAGCCCCGUGCUGCCCUUCGCCGCUGCACCGCGUUUUCAGCGCGAGACACUCCGAGCGGCGGCGGAUCCACAGCUCCUCACACCCGGACCCAGAGAGCACGAGCGCGGCACGAGCGCAGGAAAACACAGCUCAAACCAAGCGGAGCGCGGGAAAAUAACACAGCAACUCUUUGAUCUGAUGCGAAUGAUCUGAUAAAACAUUUAAAAACAUUUAAAACAAAACAAAAUUGAGAAACAAAAAAAUUAUAAAUCAAUAAAAGCACUGAAGAGAGGCGGGUUGAGUUUGGUUCAUCUCGUGCGCGCGCUUUCAGGUUGACUCGCUCGAGUGAGGGAGACCCGGCACGAGCGCGGGAGUGAGGAGAUCAAAGGGCUGGUGGCAACUUUCCGCAGGCGCGCGCGCGAGAGAGGAGAGGUCUAGUCUGACCCGGUCCAGAGGACGAAGAGAUCCUCGGCUCGCUCCUUUUUACUUGCUUGGAUAACUAACUGUCUUGGUGUUUUGGUGCGCGCUCGCUGUUUGUUGCGGCGGUCUUUGCGCUUUGAAGUGCACGGGCAGAGAAGCGCAGCGCAGCGCAGCACGGCGCGCACCGCGGACAGACAGUGGGGCUAGUGCAGCGCGUGCUGGACCGGAGCGCGCGAGCCGUCCGGACUACAUGGCUUGGAAUGGAAGUGCAAUGAAAAAUAAACACAGUUGCACGCGGGAGUAACAAUACAUAAAUAAAAACACAACAACUACAGGAUGCGGGAGCGGGACGUGCAGAGUGUAUGUGGCUGGAUGCUGUUGGUGACCCUGGCCCUGCUGUCCCUCUGGGGUCGGCUGACCCUGGCCUCACACCGCACCCAUAUAGUGCACGUGAAGGCUGGCACAUGUGAAGUGAUCGCGGCUCACCGCUGCUGUAAUAAGAAUAAGAUAGAGGAGAGGUCUCAGACGGUAAAGUGCUCCUGCUUACCCGGACAAGUGGCCGGAACCACCCGAGCAGCUCCUUCCUGUGUGGAUGCAUCUAUCGUAGCACAGAAGUGGUGGUGUCAGAUGCAGCCGUGUAUGGAUGGUGAAGAGUGUAAAGUUCUACCUGACCUCACCGGCUGGAGCUGCAGCACUGGCAACAAGGUCAAAACCACCAAGGUGACCCGGUAGUGCCAUCCUCGGUGUAGCCAGUCGAGAAGACAGUGGUGGUGGUGGUGAUGGUGAGGGGGGGUGGGAGGUGCAGGCAGGGAGAACAGGAGACGGGAGGACGGAUGUGUACAUGGCAGUGACUUUAAGAUCACCUGUGGUUCAGUAAUACGAGAGGCCUGGUCUCUUGUUCCCAACCCAUUCAUGAAAAUGAGGACCAUCCUAGCGGUCAGCUCUCCUCCUCCUCCUCCUCCUCCUCCUCUUCUUCCUCCAUCCCUUGCUACAUCCCCCUCUCCUCCUCUUCACGUCCUCCUCCACCUCCGCCGUCCUCAGCGUCUGCCAGAACCCAGAACUCUCCUCAGCGGCGAUACGGAGACGAGAGACUGUCUGCCAGCCGCCGCUGCCACUGCUGCCAUCCGCCGCCGCGGGGAUUACAUCUGACAGAGGAACGCUCGCAGUGGAGGACGGCCCACCUCUAACCGUCAGAACUUAUUUUAUCUUUUGCGUUCCGCCUCUCCUCCACCUCCACCACGCCGACGUUUUGUUGUGUCUGGAUAUUUUUUCCCCCCCGUCUGUCGAUGCUUCCUCUAAUCGCACCUUUUAUACCCGAAACGAAAGGUGACAUUUUUGCUUUCUGUUCCGGAAAAACCUCGUCCUCCUCAGCAUUUUACCCUUUGGAAAAGUAGAGAACUGAAGCUCCGGACUGGACUGACCAUCUGUAGAAUAUUUUCUUCCUUUUUUUUCUAAUAAAUACAUUAAAAAAAAGAAGUUGAACUUUUUGACCCAGGAAAAAGACUGAAACCAACCAGUAGAUGUUAUGGUAUAAUUCUGUAAAAGUGUAAAAAAUUAUAAAAACAAAAAAGAGUCAGAUUCUUAGAAAUCAAUCUGAAUUAAUGAACAAACGAAAAAAAAAAGAAACAACAACUCUUAACAGUUUUAAUAUCGAUGUUUUUAACCAGCCUGGUAACUGCUAUUGAGUACAUGUGUCAGUAUUAUCUAAAAUAAAUAAAGCUAUUUCAAAGAAUA